CUCUGUGUCGUUUCAGCAUUUAGAGUUUAAAUAUUUGUCAUGUAGAGAGAAGAAGCAUCUGGUCUUCUCGUUUUAUUUGAACGUAUUUACAAAUUAUUUUGUUUUUUUGGUUUUUAAUAUGAGUUUAGCAGAUUAGGAUCUAAUAUGGUACAAAAAUGUGGGAACAGGAAAGGAUGAAAUGAGAGCUGGAUUGAGAUGAGAGAAGCAGAGAAGUGACUGCAUCAGCUGGAGACAAUGGGACGAGCAGCAGAAGGAAGGCAGCAGGAUGUAGACUCAGUAGAUUUCCAUGAUUUCAGUCCACUAUAACACGCCUGUGCACACACCAAAUAUUUUUAAUAAUAUACCUUCACUCAUAAAAACAAAUUCAAUAUAUUUGUUAAUAUGUUUUUAUUUUUUAGAACUAAUGACAACAUGAUGCGUGGAGGUGUCGCCGUGCACUUCUCCACGCAGGCCUGCACCCCAGGCUGAUCAAUAGAGCUGAAGCUGAUGUCAGUGGGCUUUCCGGAUGCCUCUCUGGCCGCUCCUGCAUCUGCUGUGACCAUGCGGAUUGUUGGCAGCUUCCAGCAGCAUGCAAAUAAAAGAUGAACGGGGGCUGCGCUUUUGGCUGGAGAAGCCUGCGAUCGACUGAAUGCAACACAUAGAUACGAAGGAGAGGAUUAUUUGAUGGGUUGCAUUUGAUUUUCCUGACCUGCCAUAUCCGGAUUUCGGAUUAUUCCACAUUCCUCGGAAUGGAAGGACGGGAUUUCGCUGCUCCGGCCCACCUUCUUUCAGAGCGGGGCGCCCUGGUGCACCGAGCCGCCUCUCGGAUCGCUCCCUCGGGCCACAGCUCUGUGCAGCACGCCGGUCACUUCCCGCCGGGGAAAUAUUACCCGUCACACAUACCAAUGGCUCCCCACUCAGGCAGCGGAUUGAUGGGGAACUCCUCCGCCUCCUUCAUGGGGACCUUUCUGGCCAGUAGUUUGGGUUCCCCCCCUUCCCACCCGCCUCACCCUUCACGGCCGCCUUCCUCACCUUCUUCACCUUCCUUCCGAAGUGGACCCCACUCUAGCGCUUCUCAGAUCUGGUUUCCCCAUUCACAUGAAGCAGGUCCAGGAUAUCCUAGAUUCUCUGGAAGUCUGGCCCACACUUUCCUUCCAAUGAGCCACUUGGAUCACCACGCCAACAGUGGAGUUCUUUACGGGCAGCACCGCUUCUACGACACACAAAAAGAGAACUUCUAUCUGCGGGGUCUCCCAUCUCAGCCACCGCUCAUCUCAACCAACCAUAGUAUGCCGCAGAUGUCCCGGCCAGGUUCAGGACACUCUCAGGGGUCCUGCAGCAGAGACAGAGAUUCAGGAAUGGGGGCUGGAAUACACAAAGGACUCAAGGAAGGGUCUGUGGAAAGGGGGGUGAUAUCUGUCAAGGACAAAGAGAGAACCAGUAGCAAACAAGAAGCCAAGGAGCGACAGCAACAACAGCAGCACCACAACAACCCGACUCGCCAAACCACACAUCAACACCAUUCCCACAACCAUCCGCAGCACCCCCAUUAUCCUCAACACCCCCUUCCCCUGGAAGAUGUCAACAGUCGAGCCCUGGAGAGGCAUAAGGCAUCACUCACAAUGGAGUACAGCAAGGACCACCCACAGAACAUGGGCAAGCCUCUUAGUGCCUGCUUACACAAUGGCAAGAUGCAGAAUGGAGAUGCAGGAACUGGGCCUAAGGUCUCUUUGUCCAGCUGUGGUGGGGAUGGUACAAGCAUUCGAGCAAUAGGAGUUGGGGGGAGCACUCAGGGCAGACAUCUGGGGUCAAGUGGUAGCAAUCGCUGCACCAAAGAAGGGGUGAGUGGGGACAUGAGGAUCAGUGAGCAACCUGCAGACUGUCUAGAAAGGGGUCAGGCACCACUUCACCACUCUCUCCCUUACUCAGUACCCCCACCCUUACAUAUGGGUUCUGCUGCUGGAGCUACACACCCUCAUCCCCAUUCUCAUACUCAUCCCCACACACACCCUCAUCCAGGAGGUUUCCACUGCCUUCAGCUCCACCCAAGUCAUCCACACCAUCCACAUCACUCACACCACACACACCACCAUCCAGACUUUUUCUGUUCAGCUCCAGCUGCUCCUCUAGCCAACUCUGCUUCCCAAGAGAGAGGGCCAGUCAAUGUAGGGAGGGAGCCUAAAGCCACUGGGCUCACAUUUGUGACAUCAGCAGGAGACCUAGGGGACAAAUCUAGUGGCUCAUUCCAGGCUGGUAACCCUGAGUGUCAGGGUGUGGGAAAUGGAGGAGGAGGCAGCAAUGCCAAGGACAAAGAAAUGCAAAAAAAUGGAGGUGGGAACCAUAAUUGGCACAGAAAACAUCAACAGCAGCAGCAGCAGCAGCAGCAGCAACAACAGCAUCCUUACAAAAAGACAGAAAAGGCUCCAGAUUGGAUGCAAAACCAUCACCAACAUGUUCAGCCCUCACAGCUUCCUCCACCUUCCCAACAACCGCCCACACACCCACAGCAGCACCAAGUUGUACGGUCACAGAGUGCUGAGUGUAUCAACAGUGGAGUUGACAUAGACGUGUUUAGAUCCUCAUUACCCCAAGGACCCAAAGUUGGCCAUUCUGUUCCUCAUUCAGUAAAUACUUCUCCUUACAGAGACUGCUCCCAUCAGGGACCCCCACCCAUCUCCUCCCCACUUGGGGGUAAAAACAUGGGGCAGCAUAAUGGGCCUGGAGCAGCGCAUUGCCCUGGUGGUAGCUGCUCCUUACAGAGAGAUGGUCAAAAGGUAGCCAGGAUUCGCCACCAGCAGCAUGGCCAUCCUGGUCCAGAUGCUCCCUCACCAGCUGAGUUGAGUAAUGGUCAAGAGCUUAAAAGAAAGAUGGACAUGUCUCCCUAUGGAUACAACAACAGCAGUGGACAGCACCACCAGCAGCAGUCCACUGUGCCACCAUGGACUAUGAGGCCCCCCCAUCACAUGUCACAACCAGAGGAGGAACAAAGGAAAUCCUACAUGGAGCUCGGGAGCACUACAGGGCAACACUCACAGCAAAAGCAACAGCAACCAGGAAUCAGUCUGCCUCCUCCACAGCCUCCCUCUGCACCACUUCACAGUCAACCACAGCAGCAACCCGAUCCCCAAGGUCCAACUCAGGGUGAGAGCAGCGCCAUGAAGAGCCUGCUAAAAUACAGCAACCAGCAACAGCCACUGCUCCUCUCUCAGAAAAGCCCAUUUGGGGGGCUGGGAAAUCUCAAAUCAGGUCCACCAGGGGGUAGCUGUGCCCUACAGGGUAACAAACAGACUCUACCUUCCAGGAAGGGCCCAACCAACGAUGGUGAGCGCCCUGAAUACCGAAGCAGGGAAAUGGGUGAUUUGUGCCACGGGGAAAGUGAGGUUCGGCAGCCACCAGUGGGGAUCGCAGUGGCAGUGGCUAGACAAAGAGAGCCUUCAUGUCGUUCAGCGGAUACUCAUCCCAACAGCCGACACGGGAGGGUGCAGCUCUCUGUGAAAGGACCACCACGCACCAUGUAUCCCUCAGAUCCCUCUGAGGAGGAAAGGAAGAGGAUGAGUGACGAACAAAUCGGUAUCACUUGUCUGGACAGAGAGAGAGAAGCGUAUAUCAGGGAAAAUAAAGAAAGGGUGGAGUUUGCAAGGAUCCAUCCAACCAACAGUUGUCAUGGUGACCUCACUUCUCACCUCAUUGUUCCUGGUGGAACUUCCAUCCAGUCUGGCCAAUUGGGAGAUCCCGCUGCACACUCUGCUCACCACCAUUGGAUGCCAAGAACUGGAAGUCCGUCCCUCUGGAUGACAGGACAUUCUUACGGCAUAGGCCAUACAACUCUGCACCAGAACCUACCACCAGGUUUCUCUGCAGCUAUGCCAGGCCCUCUGCAGCCAGUCCUUCCUCUGCCUCAGGACCCCUCUGCUCAGCUGGUUGUCCUGCCCUCUGAGCCUCCAACCCAUCCAGCUCCCCAUCAUCUGGAUGUGAUGGAGCAGCAAGGGCUGUGGCCUCCUGUGUACGGCGCCCGGGGCCCACCCUCCCACAUGCAACAUCCUGCUGUGUACUCCCGAUCUCAGUUUCUACGGCAACAGGAGUUGUAUGCCAUCCAGCAGCAUCAGCAGCUUCAGCACCAGAACCAGAGUCACCCGUCACAACAAUCCCAGCUGCAGUCUCAGCCUCAGCAGCAGUCUCACAGAGCAGUACAUGGCAUGCAGCAUCAGGUUCCUCACAGUGAACAGAUACAGAAGAGACCAAAUGAGCCCUCAGAUCAACUAGAGGAACUCAUUUCAGAGCCGCGAAUGUCCAAACCUGCCAAGGCUUACCCCUACAACCCCCCACAGAGAAACGCUUCAUCCCCUGGGGCCUGCGCCACUCACAUGUCACCUUGUUACCAAUCCCCCUCCCUGCGCCAGCAUCCUAGAAGCACUCCUUCAACACCCCGCCCUGCCCCCAGCCCCGUUGCAGCAGUCCCUCAUUCUCCUGCCAUCAGUCCUGCUCCACCUCAAAUGCUUAAGGGGGCUGAAUCCCAAGACAAGAGAGGCAAAGGACAGCCCCCACAAGAUUAUCCAGAGUCUUUGGAGCCGGAUUUACCUCCAGGAUAUACAUACCCUGCUAUUGCCAUGGGCUUCAGACGUGGGCCGUCUCCACAGGAUGUUCAACUGGCUGAGCCAGCUGACCUGGAAGCAGUCCAAGCAGAGCCUUCUGAGCAUGCUCCUGAGCCCCUUGCUAGCCUGGAGGAGGAGUUAGCCUGCCAAGUGGUGGUCAUGCCCCUCCCAGAGCCACUACCACUCAAGGAAGUGGAGCCAGAAGAAGAAGAAGCAGUGGCUGACAGGGUUUUGGAUCCAAGAGAGGGGGUUGAGGUUGCAGUGGUAGCAGCCAACUAUGUGCCUGAUGAAGAGGAGGCAGAUGAACCGGCUUCAGACGUCACUGGUCUACUGGUUUGUCCCUCAGCUGAGAAUACAGCUUGUGAGACGGCUUCCUCUACAGUUCCCCUUUCAGCAGAGGAGCCUAAAAGGCCAGAAGCUGUAAUUACUCUGGAGGAGGAAGAUGACGAGGUGGCAGCGGGUGGGGAGAUUCAGGUGGAGCAUGAUCAAAAGGUCAAUAUACCAGGGGAGCAGGAGCCAGAGCUGCCCGCCAUCAUUGAGCUUGACCCAGCGUCCCCUCCAGCCCCACAGCUGCAGAGUCCACUCUCUAAAGGAGCAAAGGACUGUGGGAGCAACAUGACCCAUGGUGAAGGCUCAGUGGAUUUUGUGUGUCUGUCCCCUGCCUCAGCUUCGGCUUGCAAAACCAUUGCCCAGCCACAUAAACCUCUCGUGCCCUGCUACUGGAGUCUGGAGCUGCUGAUCGCUGCCGCUUUUUGCACAGAUGUACCCCCAUUUCCAUUGUUCCCUCAUAGCCCCCCUUCACCUGCUCCUUUGCAGUGCACUUCUACCCAAGGUAUGGCGCUUCUGAGCGAGCUGGCCGAUCUGGAGCUACAGCAGCAGAAACGGACCAGCGGGAACAGCCAGGAAGAAGAUCUGCUCAUGUUAGACCUUCAAAGCCUUGCUACUUUGGCCACAGCUCGUGCCUUGGAGCUGGGAGCCCAAGACAGCAUCAGCCUGGGUUCAGGACGACACUGUCCGGCUCGCAGGAUCUUCAAUUUACGACGAAAGUGCAGCUGGGCUCCUCGAAAUGAACCAGUGUGCCCAGCUAAAGUUAACAUGGAGGCUAUGGACGGACCUGAACUUGCAAUGCGUGUAAAAUUGGCUGACAUACAACGUCGUUAUAAAGAAAAGCAAAAGGAACUGGUCAAACUUCAGAGGAAACAUGACCAUCAGAAGGAGGAAACUCCGCGUAGCCCUGCACGGCGAGGGCCAGGCCGGCCGAGGAAGCGGAAACCCACCCUCACCACAGGUCCACUGUCCUUAACUGAGGGCCAAAGAAAAGUCAAGCCCGCUGUUCACCAGACAAAGAAAGGAAAGUUAUUAGAUCCCACAGAGAGGUUGAUGGGGGCGGGGCUUGGCUUGUCGCCUGAGGACCUCGGAGGGGGCGGGGAAAGCCAGAGAAGGAAGAAGAGGCUCUCAAGUCAAGGCUUUGAGCGACUCAGUAGCACACAGCAGAUAAAAGGCGGCAGAAAAAGCAGUCUUCACAGCGUGCUGAGCUCCAAGCUGGCUGGUGAUGUAGCACAGCUCAAACAGAAGGCCCAGGUUAAAAAGAAUCUCUCAGGAACAGGCCCCAGGGACAAGGAAGUUUCCCUUUGUAACCCCAACCCCAAGAAUGGCUUCAGGAACAAGAAUUCAGUCAAAGCUGAAUCCAGGCGGGAGUCUGGGGGACAGAGUGAUACAGCAGCCAGUGUGGACAGUGUCCCCCAAGACAACUGGGCUGGAACUGUGCGUGGUGGACAUAAAAAUGGAUCCAUCACCUUCUCGCAAGGAUCCUCGCUGAUGAGUCAGCAGAAGGCAAAGGUUCAUGGGAGCCAGAGGGGGAAAGUGGUGGAGGAAGAGAGCUCCUCUGCAGAAAGUGACUCAUCUGACCAAGAAGCAGAAGAAGAGGAAGACAGUUAUGAGACUGAUGAAGGUCGAGAUUACAGGCCCCAGUCCCCCAAAGAUGUCACUUCCUGCUCAACUGUGACGGGCCCCAGCCCUUCAUCUGUGGUGAAACUGGAGGCCAACCAAAAGGCCAGGAACAAGAAACGGAGACAGGAGCUUUAUGGCUCCCAGAAUUUGUCUGGAACAGAGGGGGAAGUCAAAGUACGGAAGAAACCCACCUGUCGGCUGGGUAUAGCCACUGCAGUCAAAAACCAUCAAAUCCAGCAACCAGAAGGAGGAAGAAGAUCGUGUGGAGCCAGAUCCAAGGAACCACGAUGGGGGAGCCUUGGUACAAGAGGCAGCCGCUUCAGGAGAAGCAUGGGACUGGCCACCUUUCCAACGACCAGUGAGAGGCUGAAGAGGGCGACCCGCAAGAGCACCAUCCUGAGAGGAACUAUAAACAAGUCAAAGGGGCGAGCUGUGAGCCGUCUCUUAGAGAGCUUCGCGGCGGAUGAGGGCUUUCAGAUGGAUGGCAGCAGCUUCUCUGAGGAAGAUGACAGCAGCCAUCGACAGAACAACAAAAGCCUCGAAGCUCCAAACUGUGUCCUGACCAAAGAACUUUUAACUGAUGGACUGAAGGUGUUGAUCUCUAAGGAGGAUGAGCUGCUUUACGCUGCCAGGGUCCACAGUCUGGAAAUCCCUGACAUAUUUAAAAUCAGUAUUGAUGGGGAAAGAGGAAACCGCUCAAGAAUCUAUUCACUGGAACAACUGCUACAAGAGGCUGUUCUGGAUAUACGUCCAGAGUCUGAGACUGUUCUCGGUGAAGGAACUCGGGUGUGUGCUUAUUGGAGCGAGCGCUCGCGGUGCCUGUAUCCAGGCUACGUUCGCCGAGGUGGUCCAUGUGAUGACGGAAAGCAGGGAGGGGUGAUGGUGGAGUUUGAUGAUGGAGACAGAGGGAAGAUUUCCCUUCACAAUAUCCGCCUCCUGCCUCCAGGAUACCAGAUUCAUUGUGGGGAGUCAUCUCCUGCCCUUUUGGUACCCAGUGGAGCAACGCCCAAAAAAGGUUCAAGUCUGGAGCAGGCACCCAUGAGUCGGCCUUCAGACAGACUUACAGUCAGCAGUUCAACCAACAACCAGAGUCUAACUGCAAUUAAAAGAAGGCCAGGGAGACCUAAGGGUUCUGGGAAAAAACAAAAGCAGCAGCAGGCAGAAAGUACCAAUAAAACUCCUUUAUCAUUCCUGGGUUGGGGUUCACUGACAAACACCAAGAAGAGAACAAAUGAAAACCUGUUUCAGUUCAACGGAGCACCCAGGAAACCCCUGAGGAGGAAGGAGGAUGCCCUAUUCUGCUCAACCCAAACCCCGUCACUGGCCUCCCUUCCAUCCAAAGGCCUUUUCAGCAGCAGCUCAUUUGAGGUGGAUUCCUUCCGAAGCAUCGCAAAUGGCUACUCCUUCUGUAAUCAGUCUACCGGAGCAGGCUCAGGUUUAUCUCUGGGAAUUAGAAAUGAGCUCUACUGUGAAAAGCGCAGACAAGAUGACCUGGUCCUGCCGAGAGGCAGGAAGUCUGGUCAAGAGUUCCUGGUCAAAUUAGAUCAUGAAGGGGUGACCUCUCCCAAGACAAAGAACAGUAAGGCUCUGCUGUGCAGAGGUGGAUCUUCCAGUGUGAGUAGCAUUCCUAGAACAGAGUCAUACUCCCACCCAGUUUUGCUAGUCAAAGACAACAAAAAGAGUGGAUCAUCUAAGGUGGAGCUUCUUCUGAAAGGGACCACAUCCUCAAAAAAGCCCUCCUCUUCAUUGGGAAUGGAGGAAUAUGGUGACUUGGGUUUCAGCUCACACAGAGAAUGCCACAGUUCCUACUCUGAUCUUGAUGAUGAUGAGGAAGAGGAAGGGAGGAGGAGUGCUGCUAUGGCUGCAGCCACAGGAGGACUCAGGACGGCUGGCCGUUUUCUACCUCGACUCUCUGUCUCUUCCUCCUCCACUGGUUCUUCAAGCUCAUCCUCCUCAGGCUCUCUGUCAAGUUCUAGCCUGUGCUCAUCCGACAAUGACUUCUCCUACAGCUCAGAAGAUGAGGACGCAUCAGCAAUGAUGCUGCAGACUUGUCUGUCUUCUCACAGGGGCCUCCUCCAAUCAUCUCAACCAUCUACUUCUUCAAGGGCUCAACAGCACUCCUUUGUUGCCAAAGCCGUUGCUGUUCCGAGUGUCAAAGGAGGCCCUUCUGACCAUGUCUCCAACAGCAAGUCCUUCAAGAGGAAGGAAUCCAUGAGCUCCAGCUCCCGACCAAACAAGGAAUUUGUGAAGAAACCCAAGUUGCUUCCAGAUGACACUUCAUUUAUUCCAAGACCUAAGAUGUCUUCAUUUAUGGGAGGCCGGCCAAUGUGGAGAUGGUCUGGAAACCCUACACAGAGGCGUGGCCUAAAAGGCAAGGCCCGAAAGCUUUUUUACAAGGCCAUCGUACGGGGAAGGGACAUUAUGAGGGUUGGAGAUUGUGCCGUGUUUCUCUCAGAUGGGCGUCCAAACCUCCCAUAUGUAGGUCAAAUUGAGAGCCUCUGGGAAUCCUGGACGUCUAGAAUGGUGGUCAAAGUUAAAUGGUUCUAUCAUCCUGAGGAGACCAAGAUGGGCAAGAGGCUUCGUGAUGGCAAGCAUGCCCUUUACCAGUCUUGUCAUGAGGAUGAGAAUGAUGUCCAGACAAUCUCUCAUAAGUGCCGGGUGGUGAGCAGAGAGGAGUACGAGUGUCUGACUGGUAAUCAGAAGUCAAACAGUGCCCCCCAAGACCUCUACUACCUGGCUGGGACAUACGACCCCACGACGGGCCAGCUGGUCACUGUUGAAGGGGUUACCGUCAUGUGCUAAACAUCUGAAAGGACACUACUGAAGGACAGACAUGACAUGGGUAAAACAUGGCAUGGAUGAGCCCAGACGCUCACGGCCUAAAUGUCAGCACCACAGCAGGGCUGUCUGAGACACUGUACACACCUGAUUCUUGUGAAAGUCGAAGCGAAGACUCGUUAACUCCUUUUUUUUUUUAAACAGCAAACGUUUUGGGUCUUCCUGGGUAAAUUCAGUAACUAUUCUCUAUUUAAGACAUUCAUUGCUUCCAUCAGAUGUUUCUGAAGCGAAGUUAGAUUGCACUGAGGGGUGCAAUUUACGACGAGCCUAAAAAAAGUUACGCUGGACCAAUUCUUUGAAGCGUAGGGUUACCAAAAAAUGAAUGGAAAUGAACAGUGAGGUUCUGGGCUCCCUCUAAGAUUUUUCAUUCCAGGGAAGUUAAACAUGUAAAAGGUGCAAAAGUAGUUUGUAAAUAUUUUGAACUUUUUCACAAUCAAGCCAUACACUUCAGUACCUCUCACCUGUCAAGAAAUGCGCAGGUGUGCAUUGUACAGUUCAAUUAUUGUAUUGUCUGUAUGUCUAUAUGUACAUAAAAGUUAUUUUAUAUAGGAGAUUAUUGUAUAUAUGAGAUGUAUCUUUCCAUGUUUGCAAUUGAUUUAUUUUUAUAUGGUUGUGGACUACAUUGUAUUGUGCUUUGAUUGUUUUUUUCCCCCUUUUGCUUUGUGGGGUCAGGAUUGGGGAGGUUAGUGUUGCACUGCUUAUGCCCUGCUGAGACAGACAGAGCACACAUGAGACAGAUGGAUUUAAACUGUAACAGGAGAAAAAACCCUUUCUGAGAGAGGGGGCUCAUCCUGUUAUAAAAAAAAAGACAAAAAAUAAAGGUAAAGUGGCUUUUUGUAAAAGUGCUUUGUUGCUUUACAUUAGUGUUUGACUGAUUAAAAAAAACGCCUUUUUUUUAUAAUUUAACUUCUCAUUAAUCGCCUCAUCAUUAGAAAGCCGGAUUCGACAGCAAUUGUGGUCACAGGUCAAAGGAAAUUAUAAAUUAGCAUACAGUUGUGACGCCAUAGCUGUGUGUGCAGGUAGCAUCCUUAUAAUCGUAAUCACAAAUACACUUAGACUGGGUCAUUAAUUCAAAUAUAUAUUUAUUGUGCAUUACAGCGAUGAGUGCAAAAGUUCGGCACAUUAUGGCCUACGAAAUACCAAAGUGUCUUUAGUACAUUUUUUUUCUCUUCUCCCAAAACGAGAUAUCCUAAGCACCUGUAUAGAACUCAAAUCAGAAAUCACUGUUAAGUUAUGAAAACUCGUGCAGAUGUUUUACGGUAGUCUCUUGCACACAUCUGCAGAUUUUAAGAGAUGAAUAUGCACCAAGAGGACACCUGGAAAUGUGACUAUAAAGGUCAAGCUAUUGGUAAAAGGGAGAUAUUGAGAACGACCAAUUAGUUCAAAGGAAAUAUUCUAGUUUUAUUAGCCAUCUGUGUCUAUUUUGUACAGUUACAACAGUCUCAAUGCUAGCUGUGAAGGACAAUCAGACUCACAAAGCAAUGGACACAUUAUGUUUGCGCAAUCUAAUAAAACAAAACUAAAAUUUAUAUAUCACUGAAGCUUAUUUAAUUUGUGCCAAGUACAUUUUUUCCCUAGUUUAGACUUGUUUGACAUGCAAUCAUGCGUAUUUUUUGUUCACAAAGUUUUAUUUUGUUUGCCAACGUUUAUUUAUUGUCAGUGUUGCUGUUUGUUCAUGCCAAGAGCGCUUUAUAGGAAUGUGACACUGUUUUUCUUGGUGUGAUGUCGCAUUUGCAUUUCCUAAAUAAAAUUGGUCUUUUAGAGGCCAUCUAGUGAAAAUAAAUAAAAAACAACACUGGAUUCCUCUCAGCUGCA